CCGUCGACAUGAGGCGGCCUCGCCGGCCGGAGGAAAAAGGGGACGGUGGGCUUUAGCACGGCUCGGUGCCUCUCCCUGCGCCGCCAUGUUCCGCCGCGCUCGGUUCUGCGUGAAGCCCAACGUGAGGCCGAGCGCGGCGAGUCGAGGUAGCAACGGCGGGGGAAACAGCUCAGGAGUCUCGACAGCGGCCCCGGAGGUUCAGCAUGCCCCGGAAACCACCGCUGGCUCCUCUGAGGCGAGCUCGGAUUCCCAGCUGGAAGCUGCCAAGGACCCCCUGCAAGGCUGUAUCAGUGGCGGUGGCAGCAGAGAUGAAAAAACCAGUAAUCCAAGAGGUGAUGGAGAUUUUAGUAAACGCACAGACACCUCUUUACAGAGAAGAAAACGAAUAUCCACAAUGCCCAAUCUUGCUAAGCCAAGAGUUGCUCCUACAUCUACGCCGUGUGUUAUCAGUUCCGUGUCAAAAUGUUCUCAAAAGCAGGCACCUCAUUCUCCUCCUCCUCCCAGUAACUCUCCUGUUCAGAAGGAAUCAUCUUCAUGUGAGAAGAUCAAUAUUGAAAAAUCUCUCAUAUUGCCUGAAAAGAAAACACCUCUUCCCCAAAUACCACAAUUUUCUCCGUUUAAAAAACUUAUUAAAGAGACCAGUAUGUCUGUGACAUCUCAUAAAAGUGAUGAAGUCCAGCAGAACAGCAUGUCCUCACCCCUCAAAGAGAGACCCACACAGGAAAUACUGAUUCAGGAAGAAAUACAACAGCAAAAACCUGCUGCAUCAAAGGAGAAAAAUAUACGCUCUGAUCAUGAAAAAAUAAUCAAAGCUAAGAAGCUGAGGCAGAUGCUCAAGGAAGAAUUAAGGAAAGAAAAGCAACAACGGAAAUACAAAUAUCCAGUAAUUGAAAAAACUGUGCCAGAAGACCGUUCAAAAAUGAUUAUGAGAGACUUCAUAUAUUAUCUACCAGAAAACAAUCCCAUGAAGUCUUCAUUGGUGGAAGAGAAGAGAUUGGAAAAGACUUCGGCCCAAGCAAAAGAACCUGAAGAAAAAAUUGUUACUGAUCACGAAGAUGAAAAUGAGGAAGCCGAGGAAGAAGAGGAAGAAGAAGAUGAUGGCCCCCUUCUAGUUCCUCGAGUAAAGGUGGCAGAAGAUGGCUCAAUUAUUCUAGAUGAAGAAAGUUUAACUGUAGAAGUUUUAAGGACUAAAGGGCAAUGUGUGGUGGAAGAAAAUGACCCCAUCUUUGAGCGUGGUUCUACAACAACUUAUUCAAGUUUCAGGAAAAGCUAUUAUACCAAGCCAUGGUCAGAAAAAGAAACUGAGAUGUUCUUCUUAGCCAUAAGCAUGGUAGGGACUGACUUUUCAAUGAUUAGUCAGCUUUUUCCUCACAGAGCAAGAACAGAAAUUAAGAAUAAAUUUAAACGGGAAGAAAAGGCCAAUGGAUGGAGAAUAGAUAAAGCAUUCAAAGAAAAAAGGCCAUUUGAUUUUGAUGUAUUUGCAAAACUGCUUGAGAAAAUCCUGGAAAAUGAGAGAAGGAAAAAUGCAAAAUGUCAGCAUGAAAAAGAAAAAACAGCUAAUGAGAAAAAAGUCCCCAAGUCUCAGAAAAAGCAAAAAGCCAAAGUUACCAAUGGGCAACCCAGCCUUGGACAGGAUGAUCAGAAUGCCAGAAUUUCUGAUGCAGAAAUGGACUGUGGGACUGCAGAAAAGGAGAAUGAGGAGUCCCUUAGCAUCUUGGAACAGGUGGAAGGGCAGACAGUAGCUGAAUCUGUGGGGACGAAAAAGAAAAGAAAAAAGAAAAAGAGGGACACUGAACAGGAAGCAGAGAACAUUUCUGAAGGAAAAAACAUUCUUUCAGAAUCUGUGGAAAGAAAAAGUUUAUCAUCUAAUGUAGAGAAUGAUGGCAUUGAUGCAACUGGUGAACUAGAGAUCUCUGGUGGUCAAAUACUUGAAGAAACUCUUCUCCCAGUGGAAGAAGAUCCACAGUGCUGCAUACAGCUAAAUGAAGGGACAGAAGAAGAAGACAGUCUGAUGUCAUCCAGUAUUCAAGAUGGUGUUGAAGAUGAGUCAGAGCUAAAAGUUUCAGAAGCUACUUCUGAGCAUCUUGCCGGGCGGCUUUCAGAGUAUUCAAUUUCUUCAAGCUCAGAUAAAGAAAGAUUUGAAAGGACCCACCCAGAAACGAAUGCAGUAGUUGAGUUAGAUAAGCUGGAUGAAGAUCACACUGUGCUACCAGGUCACAAUGAUAAAACUGAAUCAGCAGAAACUGAGAGAGCAGCUACUGAAAAGUUCACCAUAAAAGGAUCGCUGCAGAGCCUUAAACCAAACUUAACAGGAACCUCAGAAAAGUGUGAGCUUCCAGUUAAUAAUGCAUUAGAGGACCAGCUUGCUCCUUCAGAACCUGUGGAUGAUGUAGAAAAGGCUAUUGUGGAAGAUAAGACAGCUAAAGUAACUGGUUCUACCACAGAGGAGUUGGCAGAAAGAUCAAACGAUGAUGUGGGCAGGGAAUCCCAAGAAACUCAGAAAGCUCCUGAAGAAAAGAUGGAAACAAGAGGCCGUCGACAGAGGCCUAAACCUAAUAUAAAAGCAGUUUGCAGAAAAGAAGCUCCUGUCCAAGGCAAAUCAGAGUACCAAAUGCUUUGUCUAGAGCCAGACAGAACAGCACAAAAGAACAUUGAUCAGGAGGAUUCGAUUGAUGCCUCCGCAGAGGAGACAACAGAAAAAGACUUCCAGGUUUUAGCUGCUGAAUCUUUGACUUGUGAAAAAUCCACUUUACAAAAAAACAGCAAACAGACUGUCCUAAGACCCACUCCAUUAGCAAGAGGACGAGUGAAGAAACUAAAACCAAAUUUAGGACCAGUUGGUAAAAGGCAGGCAGCACCACCAAGGAACUUGGGCGCAAGAGAAGAAAAGGCAACAGAAGCAGCUGUGGAAACCAAGACGACUCUAACCCAACAUGAGUGCAGUGGGAGUGACCUUCUAACUAUUCAUACCUCUGAGGCAACUAGUUAUGAAGCUGACAUGCCACAUUCGGAGGCAUUAGAAAACAAAGCAGCUGCUACUCCUGAUAAAGUGGAUUUAAUACACUCAAUCCAGCCUUCUGUAAAGAAGCCAUUAGAAUGUGCAAGUUUUGAACUAAAAAAGACAUCUCUGAGUGACAGUGUGGAGGAUAUGUCAGAACAUGUUAGUGGAGAUUCCAGUCAUGAGGAAACACAAAAAGAAACGACUACUGAAAUAAAACAUUGGUUGGAGAGUUUCUGUCACACUCUAGAGGAGAAUUUAGGAGAGUCAGCUGAGAGAAAGGAAGCUUUAGGACCAGAAAACGAAACGCAUGAGAAAAAACACUUGACUGGAGGUGCAGAGAAGAAAACAGUACAUCUCAGUAGUGAAUGUGGCAAGCUGUCUGGUCUAGAUGAAGGAGCAAAAUGUGGAUUCUUGCCAUCCUUACAUUUGUCAGAGGAACAUUCUACAGAUGCUCAAGAGGCAGUUGAAAUGCAGGCAACAGUUCCAUCUCCCCAAAACAUAUCAGCUUUAGACAGUAGUGACCCAAAUGAGGUUUCAGUGUCCAGAGAUAUUCAGGAAAAGUCUUCACUUGGCGAACGGAGCACACAAGAAGGAGGCAAGCAAAGUGCUAUCCAACCGGUGCCUCUUCUCCGAGGCAGACUCCAGAGACCCAAACCUAAUGUAGGAAGAGCAGUGGGAAGGAAAGGAAUACAAGCUGCAGAGAAAAAUGAAGCAACAGCACUCUUGGGAACUGAGAAGUCAGAACUACAAAAAUCUGAACCUUAUGGAACUUCCUCUGUGGCACUUCAGUUAAUGCUUGACAAUAAUGUCUUAUCUGCUGAAAUGUCAGAGGACGGGCUGUUGGACUGUGAGAAAAUGGCUCAGGAAGAUUCUCAAGUACCUGGUACCUCUCAGAAUGUUUCAAAUCGUUGUGCCAUGGAAAAAAACCUUCCCCAAGAGGAUAAACUGUGCACUAUCAAACCAGCUCAGUUAAUGAGAGGGCGGUUCCAGAGAGCCAGACCCAAUUUGGGGAGGUUGAAUGGCAAGAGGAGAGAGCCCCUGUUUGAAAAUAUUAGUGAGCCAAUCGAAGGAGAAAAUGAAAAAACAGAGAUAGAGUCUCUCAAGAAAAGUGAUCUUUAUCCAUCAUCAAAGGAUGAUGAUGGUGUCCAUACUUCCUUGAGUGAUUUGGAGAAACCAGUGAAUCCAUCAGAAUCCAGUGAAACCAUUGUGCCAGAAAGAUGUACUGAUCAGAAAAAAAAUUAUUCUUCUGAAAAGUCAGAAAGUUGUGAAUUUUUAAAAGACCAAGUAAAAAUGUGUUUGUCUAAAGAUUUUGAGAAAAAGCAAAUAGAUAGUCUUGCAAGUGAUGUUUCUGCCCUUCAAGACGUAAGUCCAUCAAAAAGUGUAAAGCCUAGUCAGCUUGUGAGGGAUCCUCUUCAAAGGCCAAAGCUAAACCUAGCCAAAGCAGCUAGAAAGAAAGAAGUUUCUUCAGAAGGAGAGAGAAGUACAGAAGCUGGAAAAGUAUCUUUAUUAUUGCAUGAUUUUGGAGAACAGAGGGAAACUACAUCAUCUACUGAAUCCUGUAGACAAAAGAAUUGGGCAGACAACAUUAAACAGGAGGAUUCCAAAAGAUGCAAACACUCUGAAAUACAUGAAUCUUUAGAACGGCCCCUGAUAUGUGAAAAUCAAAUAAGAAAAGAAGUCUCUAACUCUUUGUCUGUACAGGAGGGAGCAUCUGAAACACUGAAAAGAAAACAGCCAGAAAGGACACUGAAACAGACAAGACGCAUUUGUGACUCGAGGACAACAUAUUCUGCUUCUGAAUGUGAUACUGAUCAUAGUGAAAAGGGAAGACGCCUCCAAAAGGUUAAACCGAACGUCAGCAGAGGCAGACGCUUAAAACGAGCCCUUGGCAAGAAACCCAGAAAGGAAUAUGCAAGUUCAAAGGUUAAUUUGGUGACCCUUAGGGCCUCUUCUCAGGAAGAAGAUGAUGAUGAUGAUGAUGUGGAUGACUUUGAGCCAGACCAUGAAGCUGAAUGUUUUUCACCAGAGGAAGUAAACAAAGCUCCAGUGUUUGUUCCUAAAGGGCUCCGGUCUCUAAAUUCAGUUUCUGUUCAGAUUGAAGAAACUAUGGAAGAGCUCGAGAUAUAUGAGAACAUCCCAGAGGAGGUAUGUGUUGCUACUGCUGAAUGUCUGUCCCAUGAACAGAAUAUAGGUGUUGAGUCUGUAAUACAUGGGGAUAAAGAUUUGCUCUUCUCACAGUUAGCGAUUAUACAAGAAAAGGCAGAAAAGGAAAAAGGACUGAAUGAUGGCAGCACUGAAGCAGCCAUGACUCUACUUGCUAUGAGAGACCCAGCAUUCCAGCUGAACAUCUGUAGCCAAGAAAAUAUGCAGAAAUGUCCUGAUCAAGAUGACCAGACUGUUGCUGAGAGCUUUCUGAAUAAGCAUGCUGAGGAGCAAAGUGUAUUGAAUAGUAAUGCGUUGCUUUCUGCCCCUUCAAAAUCAAAACAUGAACUGGUUUCUUUCAACAAUGCAAGCAAAACUUCUCCAGGGGAUCACAGUACUGGACAAUCAGGUUCGGAAGGCUACUUAACUGUAGCCAGUAAUGUGAUACUGCCUGGUCCUUCAAAAAGUGAAGCAGUUUCAUCACACAAUAUGAACAAAGAUGCUGUUGUGGAUCACAGUGUACCUGAUUUGAAGGAAUGCUUGCAGGAAGCCAGUAAGGUCUGGAGUGAUGGUUCUUCAUCGAAAGGAAAUAAAAUAUCCCGACCAGCAAGAUGCAGAUUUCCUAAGCCUAAACCAAAUCUUGGCAGAAGUCUAGGGAUAAACAGAAGUGCUUCUCAAAAAAGUAUGAGUGUAGAUGUGGAGCAAUCUGAUCUAAUCCAGAAUGAGGAGAAUGUGGCACAAUCAACUGCAAAAAAUCAGAAAGUUGAACAGGAACAGAAUCUUAUACCACCUGAGAGAAGCUCUGCAGACAAGCCUGAUUUUCAGCUGGGAAGAUCUAGCCAUGCCAUACAGAAAAACAACACUGAAUGGGAGAACUUGGUAAAAGAGGCUUUGCAAGUCACAUCAGUGUUAACAGCUCCAGAACCUUCUCCGAGAACAGAAACUCAGCCUUCUGAACUGCCAGAUGACUCCAGCCCGAAAAUAAAUGUUCAGCUCCAUGAAAAAGAUUCUGGUCCUUUUGAACUCCAUUUAUCAACAGAAGUAACACAAACUGAAGAAAACAAGCAUUCUGGUAGUUCAGCAGACACAGAAAUGACUACAGCGAGUGCAAGUGUCAAAGAAUGCCAAGAAGAAGAAGCAGAACAGACAUUCAUUUUAACAUUGGUGGAAAUACCAGUUGAUUCAGAGGAUUGCAGUGGUGCAUCAGCUUCUCUACAACAGGCUUCUGAGGAGCUGCUUCCAGCUCCAGUAUUGCUUACAUCGGAUAACAUGGAAUUGACAAGAGAUGAGAGCACUGAAUCUGUAAAAGCUGCAUCUGAAGAAAAUACAGGUUCCUUGGAUGACAUUACUGAAAGAGGAGAACUUCAGACUACCUCAGCAGAGAAAUCAGUUGACUGUGGUUCAGCCUCUUUGAAAGAUCGAAAGAGACACGCUCGAGAUCUUGAAGCAAGUGGCAAUCCUCUGAAGAAGAAAAGAACUUUUACCUUGAAAUGCUCAAAUAAGGAGAUCUCUCUUAAAUCCAGCUCCUUAGCAAGGAAAAAUGCUGGAAAAAACUCGGAAAAAUUGAAUGUUUCAAAGAAGCAAAACUCAACUACCUCGAGAUCAGUACCUGAACCUACAGAGCCACACAUGGAAGAAAAAGAGACACCUCAGUCUUCUCAACCGCUUUGUGCAACACCCAGUACAGAUAAGCAGGUGUCAACACUUUAUUCAGGAAAAGCAGAAACCAGUGAAGAACAAAGGAGCUUUGCUAACAUUUACCAACCUGUACAGUCAGGACAAAUUGGAAGCAUAGCAUUCCUUCCAAAAAUACCAUCAUCCAGGCCGUACCAAAGAUCUUUGGGAUUUUUACCUUUAGUCUGCAAAAAGAUUAAUACUGAAGAAGUAACUAUUAAAGAGAACGAACAGAGUUCAAAGAAGCCUCAUACAGAUGUUUCCAAAAGCACCCCUGAAUGUCCAAAUUUGUACUCAAGGAACAUCAAGGAUGAUAUUCAAGGGAAUAGUUCCUUUCCAUCAACUGUCUCAGCAUCCUCCAAAUGUGAGAAUGUCAGCUCUUCUACUGUUCAGGUUUCCUCUGAGCUAUAUGAGAAUAAAAGUUCUUCUAAGGAGCAGGAAAAAGAUGAAGAACCAACUAGGAUCUCAGAAUAUUUCUUUAAUGAUAUUUUUAUGGAGGUAGAGGAUUCAGAAUAAUUCAGAAAUUUCAGAGAUGUUUUGGACUCCAGGAACGCAUCAUAUAUAAUGCGUUGGGUCAGUCACAAGUUCUCAGCCCUAGCACACAGUAAAUGACAUAUAAAGCAUUGUUGAAGCUCAAUUGGUCUCAAAUUGUGUUUUGAACACUUUGGAAAAUGAAUCAAUUGAGAUGAAAAGUGCACAUAAUCAGAACAUCUGUGUGCAUCAAAUGCAUAGUUACUAGCUUACAUGGCUGUGCUAAAGAAAUGUAAUGGAGAUGAUCUGUCUGAACUCCUUCAUGUAAUACUGAUGCUGUGGGGCUGGUUGUAAAUUAUCUAUACUUCUUUUUGUGAAGUAAACCUUUAAAGGGGGGGGGAUGUAUGUGGAAUCAUAUUAUCUCUGUAAAUAAGUACGUUCUGAACAUUUCAGUGUAAUAAGUACAUAAAAUAUUUUUAUUGUAAGCUUAUUUUUAUAACCACUACACAUGUGAAUUGGCACAAAAACUAUUAAGUUUAGUUCAUUUUAAAUGUACAGAGAGAUAAAUGUGAAACUUUUAUUUAUUUAAUUUGAAUGUACCAAAAGAUAACUCUCCCAAGUUAAUUGUCUUUCCUGGAGAUAAAAGUGAAAUUUAGUAUUAUUCUAAACACUAAAUUCUAAGUCCAAAAGCUCAGCAAGUUGACAGUGUGUUGUGAUAUUCUUUAAAAACUAUGCAUAUAAUAUCUCUUACCCAGAGAAGUUUGAAGCUAAAAUCAGGAGUGAAAGAUUAAGAUCAGCCGCUAAAGAAUAAAAAGAUCAUACCAUAAUUGAUUUGUAAAACUACUAGGAUUGCAGGUUUUUUCCUUGUUCGUAAUCUGUUUAGAUGUUGUUGUACUAUCUCUAUUUUACAGCCCCAAUUAGUUAAUGCUUUUGCCAGAAAAUGAAUCCUCAGCUUGUCUUUGGAUUCUAUCUAAAUCAGUCACACGGUGAAAUCUGAAGUUUUAUAAGAGAAUUUUUUUCGUCUUCAACUAAUGAUUUGAUUCUAAAUUCUAGUUCUCCUGAUAUUAGUGACUGGAGGUAUAAUUUUUUUCAUCAACAAAUGUUUAUUAAUGUAUGCAUUUUCAGUAAGUAGCUUUCUUCUUGCAACUGUUACUCAGUUAUGUAAUUAACAGUGCAAUUCUAAACAAAGUUACGCCAGUCAAAGACCAUUGAUUUCAGUGGACCUAGACUGGAGUAACUCUGCUUAGGAUUGCACAGUUAUAUAAUCAAGGAGCGACUUCUGUUUUCUAGGUUUCUGCAUGUAUAAUCUUAAAACAAAAUUAGUGGUAUCUACUAAAUUAGAUAUUCAGAUAAUUUCUGUAGACUCAUCACGUACAUCACAGGCAGAGUGCUACAAACAGUAGCAAAUCAUUACCAGACGAGCAAAUCCAUAUUGACUGACUGAUUUGAGAACUGAUUUUUGCUUUACAUUUUGUAAUAUCAGAAGAAGUUCCAAACAGAGCAAAAAUAGCCCAUAACGACUCUUAAACUCGUAAAAAAAACAAUGAAAGAAAAGCAUUUUUCAGUGGUAAAAAUUAUGGGGGGAGUCACUUCCAGGAUGGAGAAAUGUAUUUCGUGCUUUUAAUGUAUCAAGAAACUGUUGAAUAAUGUACUAAGAGAGUCUACUGAAAUCAUAACAAAUUCUGGAGCAAUUUAAACUACAAUGCUAAACAUAUGCAUUUUUCACAAAUCCUGUGAGAAAAUAAGCUUUGGUAUAAGGUGCCUUAUCUUUCCUUACUCAAUGGAAAGAACAAGAAAUCCUGUUAAUAUUUACUGUAAAACUAUGUUAUCUUUGGGAUAAUUAAUUUCAAUAAAGAGGGUAAUGUAAGUUUCUUUCUGGUAAAUUAAUGGCAGAAGGAAACUGAGCAGUAUCCUUGGCUAAGGCACAGUGCAUUUCAUUUCUGUUCAAACAUGCUGAGAGAUUGCUUUCUUGAAGUCUGACAGUCAUUUUUUUCAGCUUUGUAAUGUUUGUGUGUAAUCUUUCUGUUUCAAAGAAAGCAGCCAUGUUAUAUAUGUAAACUAUGUGAAUAAAUAAUUUUAUAGCA